UCACUACCUGUUGCUAGGCCCAUACGAGAUUUCCUCUGUCAAAUAAACCUUUCCUCUUCCAAAGAAGCUGUACUAUUUGUUAACAUUCUGUGACGAGCCUUUUAUGCACAGCCGUUAGAAUCUUUUGGUCAUCUCAGCAACUAUGGAGAACUUGUAUGCAUGGCUCUCCAUGGAAAGCUGGAGAAAGAGAGAUCUGUGUGAGGCAGGUACAGUUUGCUGCUUGAGUGUUUGCCUGGGUGAAUUGCAAGUUGCACUGCUGCUGGUCUCUUUGUCCAAGGCUGGCAUUAUCCACUGGUUCAUGAUGGCAUAUAUGUGAGCGGGACUGAUAAUAUAUGGCAUCUAUGUGAAUGGACCUGGAUGAUUUUCAUGGAUCUCAAUAGUGCCAGUAGCAUUGUUCUUCAGGUCUUGACCCAAGCCACCAGUCAAGAUACUGCUGUGCUGAAACCAGCUGAGGAACAACUGAAACAGUGGGAGACACAACCAGGUUUCUAUUCAGCAUUGUUGAAUAUCUUCACAAAUCAUACCUUGGAUGUGAAUGUGAGGUGGUUAGCUGUGCUUUACUUCAAAAAUGGAAUUGACCGCUAUUGGAGACGUGUGGCACCCCAUGCCCUUUCAGAAGAGGAGAAAUCUACAUUGCGUGCAGGGCUUAUUGCCAAUUUUAAUGAGCCAGUAAAUCAGAUUGCUACCCAGAUUUCUGUGUUGAUUGCCAAAGUUGCUAGACUGGAUUGCCCUAGGCAGUGGCCAGAACUUAUUCCCACACUUGUAGAAUCUGUUAAAAUUCAAGAUGAUCUUCUCCAACAUCGAGCAUUGCUUACCUUCUAUCAUGUCACAAAGACUUUGGCAUCCAAACGACUUGCAGCAGAUAGAAAACUUUUCUAUGAUCUAGCUUCCGGAAUUUAUAGUUUUACCUGUUCCUUGUGGAAUCACCAUACAGAUACAUUCCUUCAACAGAUUUGUACUAGAGAUGAAACUGCUAUUAGUAAUUCACUGGAAAGAACACUGUUAUCUUUGAAAGUGCUUCGUAAAUUGACUGUUCACGGGUUUGUGGAACCCCAUCGGAACAUAGAAGUGAUGGAAUUUCUCAAUGCAGUAUUUGAGCGGCUAAAACAAUUUUUGGAAUGCAGUAGAAGUAUAGCAGCAGAUAAUGCGUGCAGAGAUCGUCUAGAAAAGACUAUAAUUCUUUUUACUAAAGUGCUCUUAGACUUCUUGGACCAACAUCCUUUUUCAUUCACCACUCUAAUUCAAAGAUCAUUGGAAUUUGCCGUGAGCUAUGUUUUCACAGAGACUGGGGAAGGAGUUGUUUUUGAACGAUUCAUAGUCCAGUGCAUGAAUCUGAUUAAGAUGAUCGUCAAAAACUAUGCUUACAAGCCAUCCAGAAAUAUGGAAGAUAGCAGCCCUGAAACUCUUGAGGCUCAUAAGAUUAAGGCAGCAUUUUUCACAUACCCAACAUUAACGGAGAUAUGCAGACGGUUAGUCACUCAGUAUUUCCUGUUAACUGAGGAAGAGCUGACCAUGUGGGAAGAGGAUCCAGAAGGCUUUACUGUAGAAGAGACAGGAGGAGAUUCUUGGAAAUACAGUAUCAGACCAUGCACGGAAGUGCUCUUCAUUGAUAUUUUUCAUGAAUAUAAUCAGACUCUUACUCCAAUUCUUCUAGAAAUGGUUCACAGUCUACAAGGUCCCACUAAUGUGGAUGAUACCCAGUCUCUACUGAUUAAAGAUGCUGUAUAUAAUGCAGUUGGACUGGCAGCAUAUGAGCUAUUUGACAGUGUGGAUUUUGACCAGUGGUUUAAAAACCAGUUACUAGCAGAAUUGCAAGUACCUCAUAACAGGUAUAAACCAAUACGUCGGCGAGUAAUCUGGCUGAUAGGGCAGUGGAUUUCUGUGAAAUUCAAGUCUGACUUGCGGCCUUUGUUGUAUGAAGCAAUCCGUAAUUUGCUUCAAGACCAAGACUUGGUGGUCCGUAUUGAGACAGCUACAACUCUGAAACUGACUGUGGAUGACUUCGAGUUUAGGACUGAUCAGUUCUUACCAUAUCUGGAAUCUAUGUUUACCCUGCUCUUUCAACUUCUUCAAGAAGUUAGAGAAUGUGACACAAAGAUGCAUGUUCUUCAUGUUCUUUCUUGCGUGAUAGAAAGAGUCAAUGUGCAGAUACGGCCUUAUGUGGGAUGUUUGGUUCAGUAUUUACCACUCCUUUGGAAACAAAGUGAAGAACACAAUAUGUUGAGAUGUGCUAUUCUUACUACCUUAAUUCAUCUUGUACAGGGCUUAGGAGCAGAUAGCAAGAACCUUUACCCUUUCCUGCUCCCAGUUAUUCAGUUAAGCACAGAUGUUUCCCAGCCCCCACAUGUGUAUCUUCUGGAAGAUGGAUUAGAAUUGUGGCUAGUGACAUUAGAAAAUAGUCCUUGCCUUACCCCAGAGCUGCUGCGCAUUUUUCAGAACAUGUCUGCACUUCUGGAAUUAAGUUCAGAAAAUCUCAGAACCUGCUUUAAGAUAAUCAAUGGCUAUCUAUUUUUAUCUCCAGCUGAGUUUCUCCAGGUCUGUGCAGCUGAGCUCUGCAAAUCCUUUUGCGAGAUCUUAAAGGAUAUAACCAACGAAGGUCAAGUUCAAGUUCUGAAGGUUGUAGAAAAUGUCCUCAAGGUGAAUCCAGUGUUAGGCCCUGAAAUGUUUCAACCUCUUCUGCCAUCAGUAUUUCGGGGAAUUAUAAAUGGGGAGAGGUACCCAGUUGUAAUGUCUACUUACUUGGGAGUCACUGGUAGAGUCUUAUUGCAAAAUAAAAGUUUUUUCUCAUUGCUUCUGAACCAGAUGGCAUGUGAGUUCAGCCAAGAGCCAGACCAGCUCCUUGGUCACAUGAUUGAAAUGUGGGUUGACCGCUUGGAUAAUAUAACUCAGCCAGAAAGAAGAAAGCUUUCAGCUCUGGCAUUACUUUCCCUUCUGCCAUCAGAUAACAGUGUUAUCCAAGAUAAAUUUUGCGGCAUCAUAAACAUAUCAGUGGAAGGGCUGCAUGACGUCAUGACUGAAGAUCCUGAAACAAGAACAUUCAAGGAUUGCAUGCUGAUGUCUAUUGCUGAAGAGCCCAAAGUGACAGAAGAUGAAGAACCUCCCACAGAACAGGACAAAAGGAAAAAGAUGCUUGCACUAAAGGAUCCAGUACACUCUGUGUCGCUGCAGCAGUUUAUAUACGAGAAGCUAAAAGCACAACAGGAAUUGCUGGGAGAACAAGGCUUUCAGGCACUCAUGGAAACUGUGGAUACAGAAAUAGUCACACAGCUACAAGACUUCUUACAAGGAUUCUGAAUAAACAGAGACAAGAUCUUCUAAAUCUCAUCCUUGACUUCAGCAUUCUAAGGGAGAACUUUCAUUUGCUUGCAAAAACUAACUUAAAGAGCAUUUCUGUUCAAAAUUAGGAAAUAGAAGCUAUUGAACUGGAUUUUUUUCUCUGCUUAAGUCAGGAUUGAAAAAGUAAAUGUAAGGGUUCUCCUAAUUAAUUUUAUAUUCCUGUUUCACAAGACUGCAGUUUCUGUAUGAAGUAAAGGUUUGCAGGACUAUAAAAUGCAGCUGUUUAAUUUACUGUUAUUAGAAUGGUAAUGACUUUGAUCUUAUGUGCUCUUAACACUUUUUUCAGAGUAGAAGCCAUGAAGAUUUUUCUGCAAGCAUAUAAGCUGACAUGGGCUGCCUUAUACUUUUAUUUACUAGUAAAACUGUAAUUAAAUUUAAGAUUUUUAAAGAGCUGAAGAGUUACAGCAGCAAAGGAUGUAAAGCAUAUUUGUCCUUAAUCAAGCAAUUUAAAUAGUAUAAAUAUAGCGUUAUAAAUAGUGGAAAGUAUUCUAAAGGUUUCCUCUAUGGGGAGUUGAACACUAGUCUUUUGCAUGAAAAGAGAAUUAAUGAAGUGUUUUAAAUUCACUAUGUUGAUUCCAUAGGAGGAAAGAGUUUAGUAAUUUUUCUCUUGUUUUCAUUUGCGGCACAUAAACCCAGUGAUGGAUUUAUCUGUGCCUGAAAUCCAGCUUGAUCCUUGAUCUGCUCCUCCCAAGAUGCUGGGAAGUGAAUGUAUUUUAUACCCUUUUGGGGGGAAAGUGAUGGGAUAUGUAUUUUCUGGUGGUUAAGGAUGUGAACCAAAUUUUACUAGCCAACAUCCAAACUAAUGUCAUGCUAGCAGAAGAGUAUUUCCGUCACACAUGGAGAGAGGGGCAAUUUUUGCAAAUCCCUCUUUCCAUUUGCUGCUGCCUCUGCCUCCCAAAAAUAUGUCCCUUACAGUUCCCAACCCACAAGAUAUAUUUUUGGAAGGCACAGGCACUUGCACAGAGAAGGGAAGAUUGUUGAAAACCAUCUCCUCCCCCUUAUGCAUGAUGGAAAGUGCUUUUCUGCCAGCAUAACAUUAGGCUGGAUGUCUAUUAAUUUUAUAUACAUCAGUGGUGGAAUGGACAUGAUGGACUUCAAAUUAUUCACACAGUAUUCAUGUAGGAAAAUGAAGAUCAGGGGAAGUAAGCUGGGAGAGCGUUUGGUUCCAAUUUAAAAAAGAGUAUUAAUGUCUCCUGCUCCCAUCCCAAUGUUUCUCAUAUACCUCCUAUUCUAAGAAGAGGCUUUCUCUCUUUUCUUCCUCCCCCCCCCUUUUUAGACAAGGCUUCCUCAGUAAUCAAUAAUUCCAACACAAUGUCCACCUGAUAAGAAAUCAGUUUUUAAGGAAACUGUUGACAAUAUACUACCAAAGUGUAGUAUAAUACAUGUGCUAAAAGCCAACUUAUAUGUAUAACUAUGGGGGACAAAGAUCUUGUAAACUGUAGAUUACAAAAUGUACUAGAAAAUAAAUUGUGAUGCUUCCAAACUGCAAAACAGUAAAAUUUCAAUUAAUUUUCUCAAA